GACAUACAUUCUGAACUCGCGCAUCUCUAAUAUCGAUUCACGGGGAUUUAUUAAUCCCCCGGGAUUCUUCUCUAAAACAUUUUCGCGAUAUAUUUUCGACGUAUAUCCCGUAAAAAGUUGCCUCGCGCUUUGCCACCGGGGCGACAAAGUAGAACGAAAAAGCAACAACGAACCGUCGUCGGUUCACGGGAGCGUUCAACAUUGCGCAAUCAUUUCCCGGAUGUCACACAGAUAUUGGCGCCCACAUAUCCCGCAAAGGUCAACGCGGCCCGUGGAGAAAAGAGAUCGCGACACUCGACACCAGGCCGACCAUGGCUUUCCAUCGGACGUUCCCUUUCACGUUUUAUCGCGGACUAAAUCCACCGGAGGGGCAGAACGGAGCGUGCCCCCCCGCGCGGGAGAAAAGACGCGAAUGAUAUUCGAAGUCGGCCGUCGCGCGGAAAAUUGCGAGGAGAGGUUCCAUCGAGGGAAACUUUCGCCGAAGACAAAUCGAAUUGACGACGAAGUGCGACGACGAAGCGUUCUCGUCCAGUGGCGAAAAAAAAAAGAGAGAAAGAGGGAAAAAACGGAAUCUAGGCCACGGGAAUCUGGGAAUAUCUCGUUGCCCGGAAUUAUCGCCGUCUUCUCGAUCGAUCAAUUUGUUCGCACUUGGCCCAAAAUCCGCUGUCUCUUAUCGCACAUCUGAGCUCGAGUAAUAAGAAAAUGAGCUGUAAACUCUCUGGCCUGAUGAGAUCUCGCGCGCGCGAUUAGCGCGCGAUUACUUCCGCCACGCGUUUUCACCUUUUAUCGCCUCCCCAUCCAAUCGCCGGCCGCGGAUCGCGAGCGAGUCGAGUUUGCGGCCGUUAAUUUCACAUUUUCUCAACCGCUCUCGUUAUAGAUUCCCAUUAACGUGCGUUAGAAUAACGUAUUAAUAAGUGAUCUAUUAAAACAGAUUUUAUGUGCGGGCAAUAAAUGAUAUUAAUAAAUCGUUCAUAUUGCAUCGCCGAUGACCGAGGCUUCCAAUUAUAUUCUUCGUUUAUGUGUACACGGUUGGAAAACUCGUGUUCUUUUUUUUGUUAAAAAAAUUAUCCUCGCUAAAAUUUUUAUGGUAAACUUUAACACAUUUGCUUUUGUUACUUUUACACAUUGCUGUUACGUUAAUUCAAGUGUUAAAUUAUUAGACUAAUUGGAAGAAAGUGUAAAAGUAACACACCGUGCACAUACGUUUAUCUUUACAUAAUAAAUACGUUUCUUAUUAUUAGCGACAGAUUUUAUCUGUCAGAUUUUAAAAUUGACAGAAAAGAAUGUCGAGUUUAUUUUAUAAUAUAAGAGUAACUGUUAUUUCUCGACGUGAUCUCGUGAUAUACGUCACAUUAACAUUAUACUAGUAUUAAAAUAACAUGUUAGAUUUGUUUGACAUAAUUUUCUCAUUAAAUUUCUCAUUAAAUAAAAAUUAUAUGUCAAAUUAUAAAGCUUGCG